AUGGAUGAUACCUUAUGGAUCGCACCAACAAAAGAGCAAUUACAAGAUAUCGUAAAUACUGCAACAACUUUCUACCAGCUAACAAACAUUCAGAUGAACCCAACAAAAUCAGUACUCGCAGCAAUAACAAAAUCACCAAGCCUAGAGAUAAAAUUUAACAACACAACAAUAAAGGCAAUAGACGCAAAAGCAAGCUUCAGAUUCCUUGGCUGUUGGUAUACAACUGGCAAAAAACAUACACCAGUACACAAAAUUAUAAAAGAAGAGGUGACAAAUGCACUAAAAUGGAUGAGACGAGCCAGAAUCACUGACAAACAAGCCAUAUACAUAGUCAACACAGUAAUUCUCACAAGAAUUGCCUACCGAAUACAAAACACUACCUUGGCACCCUCAACAUGCAAACAAAUUACAAACAGUUAUACAAACAUGAUAAAACACAAAGCAGGCCUGGCAUCUAGCAUACCAAACUCAACAAUGCAUCAUCACAAAAUAUAUAGUCUUAGAACGGUAGAAGACAUACAGACUCAACAAUACAUAUCAAUAAUGAGUUAUUUACUCAACCACCCUCUCUUCAACACAUCCUCUCUCAAAAUAAGAUUGCAACAACUACAAAAUGCUGCAGCAACAAAUGAGUCUAUCUUGUCAACCAACAUAAUAAUUAUAUCAAAUACACAAGACAAUAUAACAACUGUGAAAAUAAUCUAA